AUGAAGCUCACUGUUUCCCUUCCGCCGGUUCAGGAUCGAAUUAUUUCCGCAAGUAAGACGCCCGUCAUCGAAGACGGUCAAUUAGUCAACGUUAGGAUCAAUGUAAGCCACAAAAUUACGGAUGAUUCCAUGCUAGAGUUUUUCGACGCGAAGGAUGCCAAGGUUAUCACUGAAAUACCCGAAUACCAGAUUGAUUCUACUGUCAUGGAUGUGUUAAAGGACUCCAAGGCGUCGGAAGAGGAGCUAAGGGAUGCAAUUUUCACCAACUUUUCUAAAAGCCAAAAGAUAAAGUUUGCCAAAUCAUCGGAUUCAAAAAAGUAUGAUAAGAGGGGCUCGCGAAAGUAUGCCGAGGAGCAACUUAACAAAGUCUUGUCUGACUUUGGACAGGAAAUCAACGUUGAGCAAGGGAAUAUGGAAAAAUACAUGCGGGGACUGGCAGUCACUACUACAGCGAGACCAGACCUUGUGCCGCGAGAUGAUCGGGAUCCUACCUACCCGCAACUGACAAUGGGAGAAUUCAAGAACCGCGACAACUACAAAGAAGAAAACGGCCGAACUCAGUGCCUAAUGUAUUUGCUUGCGAUCUUGUACUGGCUAAGAGCGGUCGCUGGAAAGCCUGUGGAAUCAGUCUAUGGGUUCUAUUUUUGCGGUUGCCGUUGUUCUGACCAAAAUAAUGGAAAAACUUACUCGGUUGGACUGCUGAAACUAUCCUCCCCACAGAAUCUUGGAGACGAGCUUUCUGCCUACUGCUUGCGUUCUACACAUUUGGUGAAGGACCCGCUCCCGCUACGUGUGCUCAUUCAUUUUUUAAAGAAAGGCAAACGGUGGACGACGAAUGAGGCAUUGACAGCACGUCUCAAGGACUUGUUGCAAGCGGGAAAAUACUUCAACUUGAAGCAGUCGAGGCGCAGGGCAUGGAAAGAAUACUGCGAAAAGCUUUGCAUGCAUGUGGAUAAAGAUAACUCGGGGGCUGGCUACUACUAUCUCAAAGUUCGAACAAAAAAUUCCCCAUGGCAGAGUCGCCCAAUGGGAGCCAUGGAUGAUGCGUGGGACCUACUCGUUAACGACUUCCAAGAUACCUACAUUGACCGUCCUUUUGUUGACGAAGCAUUUGGCAUGGUUUUGAUGAAUGAUCGAGGGUUGCUGCUACGAGAUGUGGAAUCCUUUGAAAAGAGUAUUUUAUCCGAAUUCGCAAAAGUUAGAGCGACGGCAAUGUUUCUCAGCGAGCAUCUUCCCCACGGUGACGUUUUGCCUCAUAACCUUGGCUUUGAUAAACUCUCUGGGAAAAUGACGCUGAUAGACGUUGAUGAGGGGGUCUCGAAAGCAGAGAAAGGCACAGAUCACAUUCUUAAAAGAAAGAAUGCUUAUUUCAAUGAGGAUCAGGACUGGUUCAUUGCUCUGUCUUAUCCGAAUCCUCUCAGACAGGAAGGUGCUGCUCUGUACACACAAACUCAAUUGCUUGCUUGUUUUCUUUUCUUGGCAAGGAGGGUUGAAAACCUUUCCCAAGAGUUUUUGAAAGAUUUGGGGACUGUGCGGGAAAAAGCAGAGGCCGUGGGAAAAGAAUUGGCAGAGCUAGACAGAGCUGACGCGCUUGUGAGUACAUUCAACGGAGCAAGCAUCCCAAAGGAAUUAGGAGAAAUUGAAGAAGCUGUGAUUGAUCUGAUCGACUCCGUGACAUGA